CUUGCCAACCAGCAUCGCGAACGCUUCCGAAACGCAGACCCGUUUCCACACGUGUACGUCGACGACUUUCUCGAGCCGAAUUUCGUCAGAGCCGUCGACGACGAGUUCGCUGGCAAGAAUCAGAAGAAGAAGGUGCACUGUUUUCACAAAGCAGGCGACGAGAACGAAGGAAAAAAAACUGCGGUUCUCGACGAAAGCGUGAUGGGCCCGAACACUCGUGCGGUGUUCGGUUUGCUGAAAACCUCCCUCUUCGUCGAAUUUCUUGAGCGUCUCACGGGAAUCGACGACAUCAUACCAGACCCGCACUACAGGGGAAGUGGCUUGCAUCAGACCGAGCCCGGUGGAUUCUUGAGGGUACACGCAGACUUUAACAGAUACGAGCGCUUCGGUCUGGACCGACGCGUGAACGUGUUUCUCUUCUUGAACGAAGGUUGGGACGCGGGGUGGGGAGGGGCUCUAGAGCUGUGGCCACGCGACAUGAGCAGCUGCAAGCAGAAAAUUCAGCCCCUGUUCAACCGCUUGGUCAUUUUUCGCACGACAGAUUUCUCGUAUCACGGAUACACGGACCCGAUCCGAUCGCCGUUUCCGCGUCGCAGCGUGUCGAUGUACUACUACACGAACGGUCGCCCA